GUACUGAAGACAAACUUGUUGCUUUCUUUCGAUUCUGGUUUACAUUUUUUGCAUCUUUUAUUUUAUAAAAUGAGUGCAGAUACUCUAAGUGUUACCAGACAUAACAAUUCUUCUGGAAAAACUCUAUUAGACAACUGGGUAGAAGAGCGACAAACUGAACAGUUUGAUAAAGCCGGUGAUGUCGAUGUUUCUGAGCUACAUAAGCAAGGACAUAAGGGUAUCUUGACGACAGAUUUUAAUGCCGAAGCAGAGAGAUUGUCAACUGUCAGAGAUUCAUACAGGAAACCAGAGACACUUGGAGUACGAAAAAUUGGUUUGAGGCAACAACUUUUACAGGAAGAACUCUACAGACAAGUGAGUGCUGAAGUUGAUGAAGAAUUUAACCCUCCACCACCUACUGUGGAAUAUCUUUCCACAACCAAGAAGGAUUUUUCAAAAGAGUUUACUCCAAUAGUCAAGGUACCAACACGGGAUCAUGAUGUCAAGACAGAACAACCUGCAACCUUUUGGCUGGAAAGAUCUGAAGAAGUUCAUGGUGUAUCUCAAGUGCGGACCAAGGACACCCCAUUCCGUAAAAAUGCUGCCUUUAGUACUCCAAUAGAUGAGUACAAAGAUGCACCUAAGCCAGGAGAAGGCUGGAAAUUUUAACAGGAUCUUUCCCUCCCAAUUAUCUAUGCCAGAAUUGUAAAUAUGUUAGACAAUGUUAUUUGUCUGUAUAUCAAAUUGUAAAAUAAUAGUUAUGUUGAUAACAACCUAGGUUUUGUUAGGUGUGUAACUUUUGUUGUAGUUUGUAGCUUCUCAGAGAGCUUCAAAGUUGAGUUUAAUAAGUUAAACUUGUUUAAAAAAAACUACCAUUGUUGCUGGGUUUAAACAUGAAAGAAGGAAUAGUAGAAAAAACACAUCAUCCCCUUGUAUUAUCCUUUAAGAAAAAAUAGACUUUGAAAAGGCUGUAA